CCGCGGAAAUGCUCUGACAAGUGUGAGCUACUUCCGCCUUUGUGUGCCUCUGCAGAGAAUGACGGCAACCUUGCGCCCAUAUCUGAAUGCUGUGCGAGCCACUUUGCAGGCUGCCCUCUGCCUGGAGAAUUUCUCCUCCCAAGUAGUGGAGAGACACAAUAAGCCAGAAGUGGAAGUACGGAGUAGUAAAGAGCUGCUCCUCCAGCCUGUUAUCAUCAGCCGUAAUGAUAAGGAGAAGGUUCUCAUCGAAGGCUCCAUCAACUCUGUCAGAGUCAGCAUUGCUGUCAAGCAGGCAGAUGAGAUUGAGAAGAUUCUGUGCCACAAAUUCAUGCGUUUCAUGAUGAUGAGAGCAGAAAACUUCUUCAUCCUUAGGAGGAAACCAGUGGAGGGCUAUGACAUCAGUUUUCUUAUUACCAACUUCCACACAGAACAGAUGUACAAAUAUAAACUGGUGGACUUUGUCAUUCAUUUCAUGGAGGAAAUAGAUAAGGAGAUCAGUGAAAUGAAGCUGUCAGUAAACGCCAGGGCUCGAAUUGUUGCUGAGGAGUUCCUAAAAAAUUUCUGAGAGAGAAUACCGUGGCGGACAUUCCCGUUUCUUGGCCGUCACUGUGGACAGUCCACAUCACAGGGCAGAGAGAAAACCUGAUCAGCUCGGUGAUUUUGGAUUGUACUUGCCCAUUUCUUGUCAUUAAAAUACUGAAAUACUAAAGAUGUUUUUACGUGACUUUUCACAUCAGGGCUGGCCCUGAAAGAUGACUAAUCAGAAUUGCAGGGCACAGGACAUUUUUUGCUCCCAAACUCCCACCCCCAUA